CUAUGAUUGAUACAGAAGAAGAUCGCGAUCGUACUACAUACUAUGUAGUACAUAGUGUGUAAUAAUAGAUAAGUGGGACGCAGGAACAUUGGUGGCCCUGAGGUUCCAGCCUUUCAGUCGAUCCGGUUCGUGACGACACCAGAAUGACGUAUGGCAUCCCCCGGUCUUCGAGCGACCUUCAAAAUGCGUCCUUUUCUCACUCUCCAUCUCUAUGCCCAUAAUCUGUUUGUAAUAUAUGCGUUAAGCCUCGCAUCUUGAUCAACAUGUCACGAAGGGAUCCGACCCAUCAUGAAGCAGUUCCGUAUAGUUCGAAGACCAGUGGCAAUGAUAUCAUCGCGGCGGAUCGCACCACCACCGAGAUCAGUGGUCCAACAGACAGUCAUGUCCUCUCGAAAGUAGACCAGGAUGAAAAGGGGCUGGCACAAAAGGCUGGUGAUACCGACGCCAUCACAGACGUGGGGUGGGAUCAGCCUCCAGAGGAGAUCGAUGAGAAGCUCGUGUCUGGACUCUCGAAUGAAGAUCUUUGGAUGCUUCUUCGACGUUUCAACAAGCAAAUCUAUUAUGUGAAAGCAGUGCCAGAACCUCCCUUGCAACGACUGGACCUCAACCGGGCAGAAGAUGAGCAAUUCUCCCCUGACAAACUGCGCGCGACCCUUGAACGAUUCUACACGACCAUUGUUGUGUCAUUAACUGCGUUUGUCAAACAUAUUGCCAGGAUACGUUCAUGGAGGGAGCAACAGCGGACUUCAGCAUUCUGUGCUGUGUACUUCGUUGCAUGGGCCGUGGAUCUUCUCGCCCCUACCUUCUUCAGCCUCCUUAUCAUCUUGGUCAUAAGCCCCGAGUCCAGGGCCUCAUUGUUCCCUCCUGCUCCCAUAGCAUUAGUGGACAAGGAUACAGGUGGCGUGCAAAAGCCAAAGGCUGGCGUAUUAGGAUCUCAUGACAGUGUUACCGGAGCACCCGAGAAUAUGAAGGGUGAGGCAGCUGAACAAGAGGCUAGUAACCUGAUAGCGAGCGUUGCCAGUGUUGCUGUGGGUAGCGUUGCUGGCAAACACGAUCAGGGAACACCAGAGGAUGCUCCUAUCGAGUCCUCUGUACCAGAUGCGAUGGAGAUGGCUACCAGUGCCGCAGAUGCACAGACAGCUGCUCAUGGAGAAGCCACAGAUGAGGCCCAUGACAAAACCAGGCAACCUAUGAAAGAUACCGUCUACAACGCGGCUAAUAAAUCAAUGCGCGUCCUAAGUGAUAUUAUUGAUACAUGGGAGAGGCUUGGAAAUGCCUUGUCACCAACUCCACCUUUCUCAAUUGUGACGCCUUACAUACGCCUGACAGCUGUGCUCUCUGCUGCCUUCCUGGUUUCACUCAUCACCUCCAGUUACGUCUUCGUCAAGAUGACCACGUUUGGAGUUGGGUUCGCAUUCUUUGGAGACCCAAUUAUCAGACGUGCCGUGCAAUACUUGAACAAAGAAUACCCCCGAUGGGAAAAACUCCUCGAACUGCAAAACUCUCUUUUGAAAGGAAUCCCCACCAACGCACAACUCACCCUAACCCUUCUCCGCAUCGGCGAAGCAAACGGUGCCCCCCUACCACCACCUCCAUCCCACUCACUCCACCAAACCCCGUACCACCCGGCCCCAAUCGAAGACAAGGACAUCAACAUCGAUGCCACCCAAGAGGAAGUCAACCAAGCCAUCGCCCCGUCACCUCAACUCGUCGAAGAACACGAAACGCAAACGCAACCAGAACCCCACAAAAAGGGCUUCAUGAACCGCAUGAUCGGUUUCUUCCGCGGAACUACAGCAACAGGCAUCGAAAGCAAACUGGCCGUUGACCGGGCCCGCGCCGCCGCCGGCUCCAAACGCGCCAAAGGCCGAGUGGGCGUGCUGCGCAGAAAGGGCCAAAUCACACUACCCUCCGGCCCCAUCCAAUACGACGGCCGAUACAAAGGCAAGCGCGGCGUUGUGGUCCUCGAUCAAACCCAGCACCCGCCUCUUCUGUACUUCACGACAGAUCAAACUGUGCAACUCGACCGGCCAAGUCUGGAACACCGCCCGAAGGGGACCGUGUUGUUUAAGAUGCCCGUGACUGAUAUCCGGGAGAUGAGAAAGAUUGGAGGACUCGGGUGGAAAGGGAAACUGGUCACUGGGUGGGCUGUGGGGAGUAAGGAGGUGGUUGAUGGUCUGGUGCUUACUGGGGCCCUGCCGGAACAGAGUUAUCAACUUACGGCGAUGAAGACAAGGAAUCAGUUGUUUAAUCGGCUGGUCGCGAUUGAUGGACAGGUUUGGGAGAGCUUAUGAUUUUGUUGUGGAUGUGCUUGCUAAGGUAUUUUCAGGUUUGGAAAUAGUAUGUCGAUUUAGGCAGUAUGAUGGUAUUAAAGGGAGAAAGAAGUGGAAAUCCAGGUGUUUGUGAUCAAUUGUUCAUGUUACUAGGAAACAGGAUGGGAGUUUGAAUCUAUGGUAAUAGCAAUAUGAUAUGAUGUCAAUGAAGUUACGG